AAGAAAGUGCGCUUAUUCACUUUUCGCGUAUUGAUUCUGAAAUAAUCAAAACUCGUGUGCUAGCUUCUUCAUUGGCGUUAUAUUACAAUCAUCGCGGGUAUUUUAUUAUCAUUAUUUUUUUAGAUUUUCUGUGUAGCUAUUAGUAGCAUUGGGUCUUCGCUAAAAUGCUUCUUUUUUGUCCCACCUGCGGGAAUGUUUUGAUCGUCGAAGAAGGCCAGAAGUGCCUGAGGUUUGCAUGUAACACUUGCCCCUACAUACACAACGUCACGAGAAAAGUAAGCAACAGGAAGUAUCCCAAGUUAAAGGAGGUGGAUGACGUUUUGGGUGGAUCUGCUGCUUGGGAAAACGUGGAUUCCACUGCUGAAACCUGUCCAAAGUGUGAGCAUCCUCGGGCAUAUUUCAUGCAGAUUCAGACCAGAUCUGCUGAUGAACCCAUGACCACUUUCUACAAAUGCUGCAACGCCCAAUGCGGACACAGAUGGAGAGAUUAACUGAGUAUUUAUCACUACAGCAAUUUGACCCACAGAUUGUGGAAAUAAUUAUUUAUUUUGUCCUCAAAUGUGGGCUUAGCUGUUCAUUUCUCGAUGAUCGUAUGCAUCUAUAAAUAAUCUCUCCAAAUGACAUUCAUUUCAGUGAUGUACUUGAUUUUUAUUGAUAAAAUAGUACCUAUGUACAACUGUCAAACAAAUUUGACACAUCGUUAUACAGUUCACACACAUUGAGAGCAAUGCAGACUGGCAAUUUUUAACCAUCACAAUGGCAUAUACAGUACUUUGUAAUAAAACCUUUUUUUAAUUGCACAUUUUUGCAAGCCUAAAAAAAGAUGCAAAUGAAAUGAAUGCACAUUUAGUCAUGGCGUUAUUUAACAUUUUGCAUCAUUUCAAUGCGCAGUACCUGUGAAGUAGUAAACUACUUACGGGGUCAUGCUGUUGACGAAGAAUUGUUUGAAAUCUGAAUAUGUCAUCACUAUCAAACUCUGUGACUUGGAUAUAUUCACGUUUUGGCAGCUACUUCCUAUUUUCAACAUGAUUGUGAGCAUCAUUUUAAAACAUGAGCAUGACACUAACCUAACUUGUUCUUUAACAUUCUCGUCUGUCACAAGCAACCUGUUGACUGCGGUGGUGACCAACAUUCGUCCGACAGUUUUGGCGACAAUACAUUCUAGAAUGAGAUCAGAUUCACACACUGGUAACAGUUAACUUCCUCUUCUUAAGUGCACCUACGGAGGGAUUCGUGAACGACAAAGCCCGAAGAAGUCUCAACUAUAGUGACUUUAGGGGAGGGUAAUUUGUCCUUAAAAUGCUAAUAUUGUCUUCAUUUUUUUUCUUGAAGUACAUCAUGAACAGGGGAAAGGCUUAGCUGUCAAUCAUUUUUGUACAUAACCGAAAAAAAACCCUGGAAGAUGACUCAUGAAAAUGAUUCAAGGG